AUGGUCAAGGGUACGACGCUCGGCAGGGUGCGAGCCUACUGGCUCGGCGCUGUAGUCUGCAUGGGAGGCUUUCUGUUUGGCUAUGACAGCGGAAUCGUUGGUGGUGUUUUGACUAUGAAGUCCUUUGAGAGGGACUAUAGAUAUGGGACAGGUGAUACCACUCGGACCAACUCCCUUGCUGUCGGUCUGCAACAGCUCGGAGCCUUUGUGGCCUGCUUCCUGGCCUGGCCGAUGACCAACAAGCUCGGCCGCAAGUAUUCGCUCAUGAUUUCAUCCUUUGUCUUCUGCAUUGGCGCAGCCAUCCAGACCAUCAAUACCCACUCUCUGCCCGCCUUCUACGUCGCCCGUGUUAUCGCUGGCCUGGGCCUCGGGGCUGCAACGGUCGUCGUUCCCAUGUUCAGCAGCGAGAUGGUUCCCAAGGAGAUGAGGGCCACCUGCGGUAGUUUCUUCCAAUGGUUCUUCACUUUUGGCAUCUUCACUUCCUACUGGAUCGACUAUGGUGUUGCCAAGCACGUAUCACCGGACGAGGCCAAGCAGUGGCAAAUCCCCAUUGGCCUCCAGAUCCUGCCCGCGGCCAUGCUCGGUCUCGGAAUGCUGACGCUCAAGGAGAGCACGCGUUGGCUUACCAAGAAGGGCAGACACGACGAGGCUUGGGAGAGUCUGAAGUGGAUCCGGGCCGACGACUCUGAAGUCGCUCAGGCCGAGAUGGACGAGAUCCGUCAGGGUGUGGAGACCGAAGCCAGGGAGACAGAGGGCUUCCAGUUCAAAGAACUCCUCCAGCGCGACAACUUCAAGCGUAUCUUUACCGCCUUCGCGAUCUUCGUUGCGCAGCAAGCGACCGGGGCGACUGCCUUUGCCUACUUCGGCCCCCAAUACUUCAAGCUCCUCGUUGGAAACAACCCGGACCAGAACCUGCUCUUGACGGCCAUCUUCGGCGCCGUCAAGGUCGUCGCCUGCGGCCUCUUCGUCAUCCUGGUCUCCGAGCGCGUCGGCCGCCGCGUCAUCCUCAUCGGCGGCGCCUUCGCCAUGGCCUGCUGCCAGAUCGUCACGGCCGUCGUCGUCAAGACCAAGCCCCCGCCGCCGGGCGGCGACGUCACGUCGUCGGGCAUCGCCACCAUCGCCCUCAUCUACAUCUUCGUCAUCUUCUACAACUUCUCCUGGGGCCCCAUGCCCUGGCCCUACGUCUCCGAGAUCUUCCCGACGCGGAUCCGCGAGCCCGGCAUCGCGACCGGCGUGGCCGCGCAGUGGCUCUUCAACUUUGUCUUCUCGCUGACGACCCCGUACAUGAUGGCGAGCAUGGGCUGGGGCACAUUCCUGCUCUGGGGCCUCUUCGACGCGGCCAUCGGCGUCGUCGCCUUCUUCUUCCUCAAGGAGACGCGCGGCUUGUCGCUCGAGACCAUCGCCCACCAGGAGUUCAAGAAGGGAGAGAACGCCGCCAUUGUGUACGAGCAGAGGAAGGCAGCUGAGGACAUUGAGCAGACGAAGGCCACUGAUGACGUCGAGCACAGUGAGAGCCGUGGCUGA